AUGAGCAUAACAUCUGUGAUGUUUCUUUGCCCGGCAAGAAUUUUUCUAAUCUGUGCAAUCAUAAGCUUCGCAAAUUUCCACUGCUCCAGUGGCAGACAGGAUGAUUCUCUUCAGCUCAAUAGAGCUGACGUCAAUGUGACCAAAGGCAGAUGGCGCCGCUCUUCAAGCCAGGUGGUGCAGCCUAUUGACUGUCUUCUUUCCAGUUGGUCAUCAUGGACUGCUUGUGAUGCUUGCCAGAAAAAAAGGUACAGAUUUGCCCAUGUGGAACAGCCUUCUCAGUUCGGCGGUGACCCGUGUGAUUACACUGACAAUGAAAAUGAAGACUGUGUUAUAAACAGACCUUGCAGUAUUCCUCGGUGUGAAGGCUUUCUCUGUGCCACAGGCCGAUGCAUCAAUCGUAGGCUGCUUUGCAAUGGAGAUGAUGACUGUGGAGAUCAAUCAGAUGAAGCUGAUUGUAAGAAGGUAUAUCAGAGGUGCAAUCAGGUUUUGGAACAAUUUUGGGGAAUACAGAGGCUGUCAAGUGGCUUUAAUGCUUUCACAAAUAAUCUAGAAGGGGUGAUUUUAGACUAUAAAUAUUAUGCAGGAGCAUGUCGGCCACAACAUAUUGGUACCUUUGGUUUUAGAAAACCAUAUAAUGUAGAAAGUUAUUUGGCUGAGACCAAAGGCAAAUAUGAAUUUUCAAUGACUGCGCAUGAAUCGUAUUCAAGUUUUGAACACAGUGUCUCCAGGGUAAAAACAAAACAAGAAAGUUUUAGCUUUGGAUUUACUAUACCCGGUAUAUUUCAAUUUAGUUACAGUAAGAGUGACAAACGAUAUCAAAAAUUUGCUAGCAGGACGAAAAGAUUUUCUUCAAAGUCUAGCAGGUUUGUCCAUGCUCAAGCAGAGCUGGAAGUUGCCCAAUAUAAACUGAAGAGACAGGACUUGAUGCUUCACUCUGAGUUCUUCCAGAGAAUCCUUCAUUUGCCUCUGGUGUAUAGCUAUGGGGAAUAUCGAGAUCUUUUCAGAGAUUAUGGAACACACUAUAUCAUUGAAGCAACUCUUGGUGGCACUUAUGAAUAUACUUUGAUCAUGAACAGCAAUGAGCUUCAGAAGGAAGGAUACAACUUUAGAGAUGUCCAAGCCUGUACACAAAAUGGAGUUAAAGUUGGCGUAACUAUUGAAGAAGUUAGUGUAUCAGCAGGAAUAACUGCUGGAGGGUGUAAUGCCAUUUUAAAGGAAAUUGGAGAUACCACAUCAGAAAAGAAAUUUGUGGAAGACUUUAUUGCUCUUGUCCGUGGAGGGGCCAGUGAACACAUUACAACACUUGCAAACAAAGACUUGCCCAAUGCAGAACUGAUGCAAGAGUGGGGGGAUGCUGUUCAGUACAACCCAGAGAUUAUCCGAAUGAAGGUGGAGCCUCUUUACAAUUUAAUUUCUGCAAAUACUUUUGCCAAUGCUGCUACACUGAAACAAAACAUGAAGCUUGCCCUUGAGGAGUUCCGUCAGGAAACAAGUGACUGCAGAUGUGCUCGGUGCCAGGGCAAUGGAACCCCAUUUUUGAAAGAGACUCGCUGCGAAUGCAUUUGCCCACUAGGACAUGAGGGUACUGCCUGUGAAAGAACACAAAGAACAAAUGUUCCAAUAGAUGGAAACUGGAGCUGCUGGUCCAGCUGGAGCCCAAGUAGUGGAAGACAAAAAUCUAGAAGCCGGGAAUGUAACAACCCUGCUCCCCAAAAUGGUGGCAAUCCUUGUCCAGGGCCAAGUCAUGAAACUACUUAA